AUGCUCUUGGACUUCGUGCGCGGUAGCUCUUCGCACUUUCGUCCGUCACCUCGCUCGACUUCAGCACCGGCUCUCGAGGAGGCACAGAAAGCGGCCGUGGUUCACGACACCUACGACUUGGACGACCCGCCGACGCAUCCUGGCAAUGGCUGGACACGCUUCGUCUGUAUCUCCGACAACCACUCUGACCUCUGUCGUGUCCCCGACGGCGAUGUAUUGCUUCAUGCUGGUGAUCUGACCAAACACGGUACUUGGAAGGACCUGGAUAUUACGUUGCAAUGGCUCAAAUCUCUGCCCCACCGGGCGAAGUUCGUCAUAGCGGGUAACCAUGAUCUCUGCCUUGAUGCCCAAUACAAGGAAAACGGCUCUCUGCGUCCAAUCAAACCUCGGCGUCUCGACGACAAGGACAUCACAACCGCGCAGACCCGCAUUCGCAGCAGAGCUACGCGCAAAGCUGGAAUUACCUACUUAGAGUAUCAGUCUGCCACAUAUACUGCUCGAAGCGGGCGCACGUACACCAUAUACGGCUCACCGGCUGCGCCGUUCUACUCGCUCGGGGCGUUCCAGUACGCCGACUCAGGAGCCCAGGUCGUCUGUGACCAAAUUCCUGCAGGAACACAUAUUCUCAUGACUCAUACCCCUCCUCUUGGUAUCUGCGACCUCACUAAACGCAACAAGAAUGCUGGAUGCCCUGUGCUCGCCGAACGCCUCACCCGCGACGAUCUCAAAAGCUGCAGGCUACAUGUUUUCGGUCACAUUCACGAAGCACGCGGAGCCACGUUGAUUGGACAGUCUGAAGACACUCCAUGCAGGGUGUCGGUUAAUGCAUCACUCCCAGCCCUCCAACUUCCCAUAAUUGUCGACCUUCAAGAUUGA